AUGUCCGAGAAAAUGGUAUCGAUAGCAUCGGCGAGUCUGGCAGGCAAGUUUCUGCUUGUGAUUGUCUUCGUGAUCGCCUAUCAUCGGCCACCUCCAACCAAAGCGAGCAAUUCACAUCCAGCGGACCAGGUCUCCUCCCACGGGGGUCCGCCUCCGGGCACUACCACUAAAAUGGCGCCGACUGAAGAGGAUCACACUCUCCUUCUGAACCUCGUUUCGGUACUUGCCAAAAUCCGUCAAGAGGCCAAUGAUGCUGCCAAGGCACAGCUCGAAGAAACAAAGAAGAUGACGGUUCUACUUGAGCAAGGCUAUGCCGAGCUUCUCACUGUCCACAGAGCUCCUCUUCCGAGAGGUUGUGAUGAUGUUGGGCAGACUUAG